UACAACUAUGUGUUGGGGGCCGGACCUGAGGAACGGGCGGAAUGGUAUGACAACAAACAGAGUUUGGGUCUCGACUUUCCAAAUUUGCCGUAUUAUAUCGACGGAGACGUGAAGUUGACCCAAAGCAUGACAAUAAUGCGCUAUCUGUCCAAAAAGCACGGGUUGGCCGGACAUAACGAAAAGGAGAGGAUCCGGAUGGACAUCCUCGAGGGACAGCUCAAGGACUUUAGGGGCGACUUUCUGGAGGCCACGUUAUGA